ACCGCUGCUACUGCGGCUGCGUGUGCACCUCGUAGGGACUGUGUGUUGGAGGCAGUACUAUUGUAAUCAGCAUCUCUACGAUAGGUUUAUGUAUCUAAAACGGCUUAUGUAGGAGCAUUUUCGGCACAAAAUGUCCUAUUUGUUCGCGGGGCUUUUCAGGCACCUUUGUUCGGUUCGUUGUCGUUCGCUGGACGAGCGAUAAAGAAGGGCCAUCACCAUCAGAAAAACCGUUAAGCCAUGAUAUAGUGUGUUGUUGACCAGUUGACGUUGUUGUCGUGCGUGCGUCCGUGAGUAUGUAUUUGAAUUUGUUUUCCUCUUUCCUGAUCAGACGAAAGGGAAAAGAAAGAGGAAGAAAAGAAGGGAACGUGCCGCUGCUUCCCGCCAACUCCGCAGCUGCUGCUAUUGCACUCAAAGAGGCGGGAAGCGGCAAGAACUGGUGGGCGUUGGAAAUAAAAACCGCACAGGGAAAGCUCGCCCGCUUAUUUUUUUUGCAUACUGCAUAUGAGCUAAUCGCAAGCCGAUGCGUGGAACACAAAUGAUAGUGUAAGGAAAAACGACGAUCAACCACGGGCCCAACAUUUCUGCUGCAAUCGAGAGCCUGUCCGUAGGUCCCGUCGCACUCCCCGACGCUGCCCCGCUGCUGCAUCUGUUGCAUACCCCGGCGUCGUCUUAACCGUCGCGGUCGUCAUUAUCCCUCUGGUGGCAGUUGUGGCGGCGCCUAAGUUAGCGGCUCCAAUCGUUGACGUUGCCUGUGCCGCCGUUGUUACCUGAGCUCGUGGUGUCGAUGUUGGCAUCGGAGAUGGUGGCAGUGGGGGCGGCGGCGCUGGUGGUGGGACAAGACCUCUUUUAACCGAACAGGUACCCGGCGUUCGCGGCGGUGGCGCCGCCGCCGCCGCUGUCUGCUCUCGCCGCUCCAACCAUCCGCCGCUAAAACGACAUCAUGGAGAGCCAGUGAUCGUAGGGACAGAAGGCGGCAGUGGCCCUGCUGGUAGCACUCCUGCUAACUGUAGUCAUUAUAGGAGCUGGAGUCAGACGGAGUCCGAAAGCGCUUGUGGGCUUAAAGAGGGACAGGCUAGGAAGGCGAACAGGCAGCGCGACAGCCAAUACUCAUUAUGUAAGACUACUACAGCUGUACAUAUUUUACAGUAGUAUCUUCUGUUAACGCUGCCGCAGCUCGUUACUGAUAGCGUUGUCUCUGUUAUUGGAACACUGGCAGAGUCCCGUCUUGUGUCAACCGUUGUUAAGCUGCAACGACCAGAUUCAUUGUAGUUGUUCGACCAAUGCCGCUGGUUUAACAGCUCACGACAGGUACGAAGGUGUGGAGCGGCAACAGUGAUAAUUAGAGCGGGCUUCGGUAGUAAUGUAUGGUGUAGUUCGAUUUCCGGCGGAACCUUCCGAUCUUCGCGUGCGCUACCACUGUGUACAGCCAACGCUUCGCCGUAACGUCGUGUCACGGUAAGUGCUGUCCUGUAAAACUGCUUCGGGCACAUAUCCGUGUAACAACAGCACCAAUCAAUAAACCAAUCAAUGUCGGCAAUAGCGAGGGAGCAAAAAAUCGAGGAAAGUAGUGAAAGAAUAGAACAGUCGCAGUUGUCAUCGGCGCUCUGCGUUCUAACGACGACAGCCACAAUGAUUUAGUGUAGCAACGAUGAUAGUAACAACAGUAAAUGAUCGCUGAUCUCUAAUACCUCCGUUGUUGGUAUUGACGUUUCUGCCAGCACCAUAGCGGGAUUUUAACAGGAGCAUCUUUCCUACUACUACAGUCAGAACUCAUAGCUCUUCUGCUGGCAAAGCAGUUACGUUUGCAGUAGUAUUACGGUGUCGUCCGUUCCUCACCUAGAUCAUUCAUCGCGCUGUCAUCGAGGGUGCUAUAUCCACUCGACAAGGAUCUCUUCCGUCAAUGUUCAGAGUAGCCCGUUCACGUCUUUUAUUAAGUCGUUAGGUCAGCCCGACGGGGACUAUCGGAGCAGUCGAGGUCUCUGACUUGAGGCUUGGCUGCUAGCUUUGCUGGCCAUCUCCGUCAACGUAUAUCUGUACCUAACACAGACGCGUACAAUCAAAAGUAGCUGCUGAAAAAAUCUGGACCUGGAAAAAAAUAUCGGAGAAUAACCGUGUGGAUACCGCCGGCGUUUUGCAUAUUUAGCGGUGAAUCUCUGGCCCCUGUCAUUGUUCCUUGUAUCUUCUUGGGAGCAUAACAAUACUUCGUUUCCGAGAAAAUAGUGUAAAACAAAAUGGAAGAAGACGAGAUACUAGAGUAGUCCUGACCCACUGAAGAACACGUGCAGUGCGCGGUUAAAGCAACAGGCUUGUUCUUUAGUUAUGUUUCCUCGAUUAUAUGUUGACUUAUUGCAAACAAACAUGCUGACUGUGUUAAAUUGUGCGUGUGCGUGUCCGGUAAUGUAAUGAGAUCGGAAAUCUGAAAAGUGUGGACGGACUUUUCUUGGGUCUGUUGAGUCUUUCGAAGUUACGCCGACUCGAAGAUUAAACAAAUUUCGUGCGGGAGCGACAGGUGAUACAAAUGUCUAAAGGAAGAACCGAAGGGGUGCGGCUCUCUCAAGUGAUUGUCUUAUUCCUUGCCUCUUUCGAGUACAGAAACCAUUUCGUGAAAAUCCUUGUUCUCCAUAAAGAUUUUCAACCAACUGAACUCAAUUUGGAAUCGAAGGUGUAAUUCCGGUACGAAAAUAAACAACAAAACAAAAUCAAAUUUGAUGAAUUGUCACCGAAAUGAACUAAGUCAAGGAAAUUGUGUGGCCGUUGCAGCUGCCCUACCACAACGGCUGACGGAUAAAUUUGCGAGUUAAAUGUAAGAAAGCGUACAUACACCCAGCAUCGAUGGAGGAACAAACAUUUAUUAUGGACGCUCCGGCGCGGGAGAGAUGCUGUAACUGUAUCAACGACGGCGAUAUGGUCUGUGACUAUCUGACGUGUGGACUCAUUAGCUGUUACACGCGUCAACGGAUGCGCCGGCGGAGUGAUGCUUUGUACCAACGAUAUUUUCUCCACCUAAACAAACGUAGCGUGUCGGCCCUAACGGGGAUGAUGAGCCUGAUAUGCCUUCUUGUCGUUGUUCUUGAGUUGGUCAUAUACCAACGGUUCUCGCCUACUUUCAUCGCCGCCCUUGGGGCUCUGAGCCUUCUCUACCUCGGCAUCUGCUACCUCAGCCUACAGUCGUUUUUUCGACAAACUGCACUUGUGCUGAGUAACCACGUGAUCCUGGCGAGUUUUGUGAGUCUAGCGGCCCUUUUAGCAGUAGACAUUAUAGAUGUGACGAGAGACGGUACAUCUCCAGAGUAUCAGGAUGAAAAGUACCAUACAAAGACUAGCCCAAGGUUGUACUCGGGUUUAUGGCUGUGCAUGCUCUUAAUCUACAAAGCCUACACGCUAGUCCCGGUUCGUCUAACGACGAGUGCUCUAACGGGUGCAACAAUCUUGGCUGCCUAUAUUGGCUGCGAAUGGCUGGCUCUCGAGCGAGGCUGGACUCGUUCGGUCUCCGGAUCCGGAGCGACAGGCACUCACUACAGCGGUUUUGGCUCUGGAGGCGGAAAUGUUAGCAAUCACAGUUUGCCAGAACAAGCUACUCAGAAGGUAUUCGACUUUGUCAGUAAUGGUAGUUCACCUAUCAGAGUGAUAGGUUAUUCAGGAUACGCCGAUGCAAAUACUCAGACAGGCUCCAGAACCGCGAUAAAUCUUCUCUUAUUCGAUUUGCUAAUGUUGCUGGGUGCAAAUGGGAUUGCGGCCUUUUCACAUUACCCUUCGAAAAGGUCUCAGAAACAGGCUUUCGUGGAGACUCGUGGUUGCAUCAAAGCCCGUCUCAACAUCCAACGAGAAAAUCAAAAGCAGGAACAACUCCUGCUGUCGGUGCUACCCCGCCACGUGGCCCUUGAAAUGAAAGCAGACAUAGUGAACAAGCCGCAAGAUUCGAUGUUUCACAAGAUCUACAUUCAGCGACAUAAUAACGUGAGCAUUCUAUUUGCGGAUAUUUGUGGGUUUACCUCGUUAUCAUCUCAGUGCACAGCCGAAGAGGUGGUAAAAAUGCUCAAUGAAUUGUUCGCACGUUUCGAUCGACUGGCCGCUGAGAACCACUGUCUCCGAAUUAAGAUCCUCGGUGACUGCUACUAUUGCGUCUGCGGUUUGCCGGAUCCUCGGCCAGAUCAUGCUCAUUGUUGUGUUGAAAUGGGGCUCGAUAUGAUCGAAGCCAUAGGGCUGGUACGUGACGUUACGGGAGUGGACGUAAACAUGCGCGUCGGAAUCCACACAGGGCGUGUCCAUUGUGGAGUUCUCGGGCUGCGUAAAUGGCAGUUCGACGUUUGGUCAAACGACGUUACGCUUGCCAACUACAUGGAGGCGGGUGGUAUUCCAGGGAGAGUACACAUCACUCAAGAAACCUUUAUGUGUCUUGGAGAUGAUUACGAAGUGGAGGACGGCGAUGGCGGGUCACGACAUAAUUAUUUACGCGACAACAAUAUUCAAACAUUUCUCAUUGUGGCAGACGACGCUAAACGGCUUGCACAAAGCGGAGACCAGCACCAGAGCGGACUCUUACAUUCAGUUUCGAAGGAGAUUCGCAUGAUGGGCAUGGCUAAUCAAACUGGUCGCGAUAAAUUUCAUAAUCGAUCGUGGAAGAAGACCGGUAGUGGAUUUGAAGCGUUAAAGAAAAACUCACAUGAUGAGGUUAAUGAUUACCUCAGCAGAGCAAUCGAGGCACAUAGUAUUGAACAAUUGAGGACAGAGCACUGCAAUAAGGUGACACUAGAAUUUCUAGACGGGAAACUGGAGAGUAAGUUCUCGAAGCAAGAUGAACCUAUGCUUGCGGUAUACCUCACAUCAUCGCAAAUUUGUCUGGUGGUGAACUUUAUCGCGCAGGCUCUGCUUUUCGAUAUGUCAGCGUGGAAAUCAGCAGGUGUAUUCACUUCGAUAGCAAUCCUUAUGAUCAUGAUCACGGCCGCUGCACUACAACUUAUGAGGUCGCAUCAGUCUCCAACGAGCGCGACGUCAAUGAAUCGUUGGACUAUCACGUUUUUACGUGCCCUGGAGGUAAAGCGUCGCAAUGGCCAAGUUGUAUGUGCUGUCGCCUUCGCCAUACUUUAUAUAUGCAACUUCGCAUUGAUGGCGAGCCCUGAAAUUAACCCACAAUUUGUCUAUUGCCCUCUCGACGUUAAUUUAAAUAUCGACGGAGAGCCCCUUUCGGAUGCUCUUAGCGCCCAGCAGCGAAAAACAAAUAACGGAUCAACUACGAUAGAGAACCUCGAUCUGCUUGACCAAGUUCAGGAUGCUGAGGUGUGCACGCCUAUUUAUAACGUCAACAUUCCCGAGCGUCAAUUGGUUUGUGCUCUACUUCUAAUGAUGGCCUGCGCGUCGACCUUGGUGUUUUCGACCGUGCAAAAGUUUUUUGUGUUCAUCAGCAUUGUCGCGGCGUUUCUCGGAUUAUCCUUCUCACUCUGGGAGCAUCAGUUCUGGCUAUUGGGGAAACACGAGUUUGCCCCUCUGCUCGCUAAGGUUUGCGCCGCGUUUAUCCUUGUUACAUUCGUCGUCGUUCUGACGGUACACGGGUUUCAGAAUGAGGCGUCGUCCAGACUGGACUUCCUAUGGAAGCUCCAAGCAAUCCAGGAAAAGAACGAGAUGGCUGACCUACAGGCAUACAAUCGAAAGCUGCUGUCCAAUAUUUUACCGGUGCACAUUGCGGAGUACUUUCUUUCCAGCGAUCACUCUAACGAGGAUCUCUACCACGAACAACUGGAUAAUGUUGCCGUAAUGUUCGCAUCCAUUCCAAAUUUUAGCGAGUUCUAUGUCGAACUCGAAGGCAAUAACGAGGGUGUCGAGUGUCUUCGAUUACUCAACGAGAUCAUCGCUGAUUUCGAUGAGCUUUUGUCCGAGGAUCGCUUUUCGUGUAUUGAAAAGAUCAAGACUACUGGUUACACGUACAUGGCCGCAGCUGGACUCCUGCCAUCAAAGAGCAUUACGAACAGCAGCAAUGGCGAAAAGGCCAACAAGGCCCAUCAGCAAGAACCGGGUCAGCAGCAAGACGGAAGGGAGCAAACCCAACAGCCGGGUGACACGCAGAACAAAUCAUCUAUGGCAAACAACAGCAGUAAGAGGUGCUCCACUGAGGAGAAUGUCGUAGCAUUGGCUGAGUACGCUCUGGCAAUACGCAAGCAGCUUCAAUACGUCAAUGAACACUCUUUCAAUCAUUUUAAAAUCAGGGUGGGUUUAAAUGUGGGACCUGUUGUAGCGGGAGUGAUUGGAGCAAAGAAGCCCCAUUACGAUAUCUGGGGAAACGCAGUUAAUGUCGCUUCACGAAUGGACUCAACCGGGGAACCAAAUAAGAUACAGGUGACACAUGAGGUAUAUCGAAUCUUGGAGCCACUCGGUUAUCCUCUGCAGUGCCGAGGACCAAUCAAGGUUAAAGGAAAGGGGGAAAUGGUCACCUAUUUUCUGCUAGCAGGUCGUUCUGACCAGCUACAACGGGAGGCGUCGAUUAAACAGUCGAGUAACACAGGUGGAACCAACCAUGUUGAUGCAGCCUCUAACCUUUAGAAUGAUAACGUCUGCGCCCACAAGUAACCUUAGGCCAGCCAAAUAGGACUUUCAAUAUAAAUUAAUUUGAACAUGAGGGAUCGUACUUUGAUGGUCGCUUUUACUGUGCCGCUAAUACUGUCUCGCACUGCAAGUAAGUUCCGGAUCUAUAGAAAUAAUGUUCAGGAUCGACCACCUGGUCUCUAACUAUGCGACCAUUCGUUUCGAUGCGCGUCGUCAAAAUCCGUGACGUCAAGCCACAAUAUCAGGCCUAACUUUUGAAUUACGCUGAGCUAGAGAGGAGACUAAGCUCUAAACCAAGUGAUAUCGAGAAAGCCAAAUGCCUAUAAUAGGCCGGCCUCACUCACGUAUCUUUACUGUAACGCACUUGAGCUACGCAAUCCAUUCUUAAUGCUGAUCUAAGCUUUGAUACACACUCGAGUUGAGAUACCGUAGGAAGCAAGUAUACUAAGCCCUGAUGUGUUUAAUAAUUCGUGACUUUCGACACAAAAGACGACAACCCCAGAUCUGACCGUCGGUUCAACCGCGGUCCAGAACGUUCCUCCCCUAACUAAAAUGGCAUUCAUCAGAGAUUUUUGAUAGCGCCAAUACUUGGUUGGGCCACGACAAUUUCACUCAAUGACGUCUACCUGUUAGCGGUGGACAAUUUAAAAAAGUAUAUAAGCAACGAUACGCAAAUGAAGACAAGAGACGAUGAUUACUACAAAGUCAGCUAGAAGCAUGGAUAACAUGAAUGACCUGACCUUUGAUAACGAUACUAGUUCACUUGAUGCACGCGAAAAUUCUCCUCUCAGCCCACAGUGGGAGACCACAUAGGCAAUGCAUAGACGUUGUCAUGACAAAGCUAACUGAUGAGGCUUGUAGAAGGAGAAUGAUUGACAAAUUAUUAUUAAGUACUAAUUGAUACAUGCUUUUGUAGUUCAGUGCGAAAAGUUUAAAUGUGUAGCCUUACGGACCGCCCGACUUGUUCAUAUUUUUCAUUUAUUUUUUUAAGGCAUUUAUUAUUCGAAGGUAUCGUGUUCGAGGUUCCCUCUUCAAAGGGCCAGCAAGCCUACAAUUAAAUUCUUAAGAUUUAAGUCAGAGUUAUGACGGUGCAUGGAGGCUACCAAUCUAUCCGCAAUUGUAUUUUUGUGCGACUUAAGUGGAAUGGUUUCAACAAUUUUACAUUGACAUAGGUUGUUUUUAAUUUCUACAGGUCGUUCUUUCAUAACACUUGCAGACAGCUUCAUUAUCGAUGUACAUGUUUACAUUUUUCGUAUGCUGAAUACGAUCGACAAAGGUACGAUAAGAAAAUAAUAUACUGUAAGAUGUAUAAACUGAAGCCUUUGUGAUGGCCAAAGCCCUUUACGAAGGCAGAUGAGAACUUUACGAGAGCAGGGCCACUAACGUUAUUUGUUACUGGACAAAUAGGUAUUUUUAAAGUGGCAUACUAUUAGUAAGAAGAAAUUAGAAAUCUAGGUAUUUUUUUCAAUGCGACUAUCAGGGCACGCAUAUCAGAAAUAGCAACUCUACAAAUCUUUGAAAUAUUAUGCUUCCAUAAACCAACAUUGAGGAUGGCUCUAAAAUAUUGCUCAAAAGCAUACAAAUAACCUAGUACUGGUCUAAAGCUCACUCACUUUUGAGGUAUAUUCAAAGUGGGAGAAAAAGGCAUUACUUAUACGAGCCGUUACAAAAUCUGCUAACCAUUUCUUUCUCGAAUAGAAAACGUAUUUCUCCUUUUUGAUUAGCAGGUUAUUCCAUCUUCUUUUUUUUUUUAUUAUUAUUGUGUCAUUUAUGCGCACUAGCGUGAUCACUUAUUUGUCAGUCAUUGAAGUAUCCACUGCCACUUAACAGUGUAUGCAUUUGGCAUACAAAUAAACCAAAGAGCGCACGACGUGGUCAUCAUGGGCGAAUCUAACACAAUCUCCAACUAUUUAACGUGAAAAUUAAAUUCAUCAAAUGGUACCAGUGAUCGUUUUUCGGAAAUUGACGUACAGCGGACUGGGGGCAGGUCCUCAAACUGCCCUCGAAAACUUCGAACAUAUAUACAUAUAUGUAUACUUUAAAUUCGUAUAAUGGCCGACAAUGGAAAAACGAUCGGGGUGUACCCAUUUACAAGUCUUUGAAUGUAUUUUGAAUAAUAUAGAGAGUACUGAUAUCCUGAGAACUCCUAUACGAAUGUGACGCUACUAGAUAUGGCGUCGUAAGAGCUCUUGAGCAUCCUGUGGGAAAAUUCCGAUUUCGCCCCUGGUUCACUUGACGGGCUGUGGAGUGCGAGUGAAUCUUAACACGCCUUUAUUGAUCUAAUAGUUUUAUUAUACUUAAUCAACAGAAGAUUUGCGGCGCGUUUAUCGUGCUAGCUAAACAUCUUAGAAAAAUAAAAAUCUGGGUUACUUCGAUUGGAACGCUUGUAAAAGCCUUUUGCUUCUAUUCCAUAGGGCGAAGGUGCUCGGUGCUAACCGAACAUUGCUAUAAUGUUCGGUAGGAAAUGCUAGAUGCGCGUGGCAAAACAGGAAAAAUUGGAAGUUUGCGUAUUAUUUUAUUGUCGCCAAAAAGUGACGUAAUGGAUAUAUACUAACUUCACUGAAAUCAUAAGUCAACACGCUAGGAGAGGCCUACGUAAACCAAUCCACACGUGUCUAGUUGUGUAAAUUGUUUGUACAUAUAUAUAAUAGAGAAACGCGAAUACAAAUGAAAUAGCAAAGCUGGGGCCGAGACGAGUGCAAGAAAGGUCAUGGUCUUUUUUGGCGCAGUAGUGACGGAACGGAAGCGGUUAUGGAAAUGGGCGCUCGAACAGGUACUGUUCCGUGAAUUACUUCAGCUAAAACCUUACGAAUAUAACCGACUAUAAAGGUCACAUCAGUCAAUCAAUGCUAUUGAAAACGAUCGGCUUAUCACACGCAUCUGUUCGGAUCAUGCGCAUACUAUUAGAAAGCUGUUCACAAAAAAAGAACGAAACAACCUGUUACAGCCGACUUCCAAGUGGUUUGUCAAUGGAAAACUAUAGUGACAGUUGUACGGUGAACCGUUUUGCACGAUACACAAUGCACGCACUGAUCCGCAGGCCAUUCCCUUACCGCGGAAUGGUGACAUAAGAUAGAAAAUUACAAGCUUUUCCAAUAACAAGUGGAACAUUGCAAGCAGAAUUAGCCGUUCACUUAUACUAGUCCUCUAUUUUAAUAAUUAUGCUGUGCAAUUUUAUCUACCUACAAUCCCGGCUCAGUAUGGAGUCAAGUGGACUGCGCUAUUGCUUCACUCAAUAAAGAAUAAUAGUACUCUAGUUUUUUACUUUGUUCAUAUGAGAGACAAAUGUAUCAUUUAGGCCUAACUGUUAUACAUCAAAUAAUCUCCUUUAGUGCUACACCAAGUCCAGAGGCAAUCUGUCUUCAUCAAAACACGUCUCAUUUCUAGUUUUAUAAAACAUGAAGGAAGCGUACGUCACUGGCAAACACGGCCAUAUAGCUCGUCGUGAUCGCGCUUAGUAGAAUGAAAAGUUAUAAUUUGAAUUUUCACUCGUUUACCGCGAUACGUUUUUCGUUUUCUAAAUAUAUUGUUUAAAGCAGGAUCACUGUGUAGUCUCUAGACGAGGCGUACUAUCAUUGAACGAAUUACACAAGGUGAAUGAGAUGGCUAAAUGACGGAAGUACACGCUUGUCAAAUAAUUUCUGUUAGUAUUCUUAGGCUUACCUAUACC